AUGAUGCUGUUGGAGCUUUGGGUCUUAUCCUGGAGCAAAAACUUACAGCUGCUUUGCGAUGCUUGCUUAUGGGGCAUCUGCAGAGCAGUGGAUGAGAUUGCAAAGGAUGGAAAAUCUACUAUCCUAGAGUGCUUGGUGAGAUUCUGUGAUGUAGUGGAAAAUUUGUACACGAGGGAGUACCUUCGCAAACCCACGCCGAGGGACCUGCAACGGCUUCUACAAAAAGGCGAGGCUAGAGGGGAAGAACUGUCCUACUGCUUGGCAAGGAGAGUACGGGAAUCGGAAGGGCCAAAAAAGUAUAAUUUUGGAGGCCGUAGCUUCAUUCGACUGUUGGUUUGGCAUGCCUUCUUCGGGGUUGCCGGAUCUCAAAAUGACCUUAAUGUCCUUGGUCAAUUCCCGGUGUUCGACGAGGUAUUGCGAGGUCAUUCCCCCCAGGUCACGUACCAAAUCAACAAUACCGUAUACUUGGUGCGUACUACCUUGCUGACGGAAUUUUAUCCUAGGUGGACGACAUUCGUGAAAACAAUUCCGAAUCCCCAAUCCGAGAAGGAAAGAAGGUUUGCUUCCUUUCAAGAAGGUUACAGGAAAGACGUGGAGAGGUGUUUCGGUAUCUUGCAAGCUCGUUGGGCAAUUAUUAGGGUGCUGCUCGGAUGCUAG